AUGGACUUACAUCGGGCAGCCUUCAAGAUGGAGAACUCGUCCUACCUCCCUAACCCACUGGCAUCCCCAGCACUAAUGGUCCUGGCCUCUACGGCUGAGGCCAGCCGCGAUGCUUCCAUCCCUUGUCAGCAGCCACGACCCUUUGGUGUACCUGUCUCAGUAGACAAGGACGUGCAUAUUCCAUUCACCAAUGGUUCCUACACCUUUGCCUCUAUGUACCAUCGGCAGGGUGGGGUGCCAGGCACUUUUGCCAAUCGUGAUUUUCCCCCUUCUUUACUACACCUCCACCCUCAGUUUGCUCCCCCAAAUCUAGAUUGUACCCCAAUCAGUAUGCUGAACCACAGUGGUGUGGGGGCUUUCCGUCCCUUUGCUUCCACUGAGGACCGGGAGAGUUAUCAGUCAGCCUUUACACCAGCCAAGCGACUGAAGAACUGCCAUGACACAGAAUCUCCCCAUUUACGGUUCUCAGAUGCAGAUGGCAAGGAAUAUGACUUUGGGACACAGCUGCCAUCUAGCUCCCCCGGUUCACUUAAGGUUGACGACACUGGGAAGAAGAUUUUCGCUGUCUCUGGCCUCAUUUCAGAUCGAGAAGCCUCAUCUAGCCCAGAGGAUCGGAAUGACCGAUGUAAGAAAAAGGCAGCAGCAUUGUUUGACAGCCAGGCCCCUAUUUGCCCCAUCUGCCAGGUUCUGCUGAGGCCCAGCGAGUUGCAGGAGCAUAUGGAGCAAGAAUUGGAACAGCUGGCCCAACUUCCCACCAGCAAGAAUUCCCUUCUGAAGGAUGCCAUGGCUCCAGGCACUCCCAAGUCCCUCCUGUUGUCUGCUUCCAUCAAAAGGGAAGGAGAGUCUCCAACAGCAUCACCACAUUCAUCUGCCACUGAUGACCUGCACCACUCAGACAGAUACCAGGUGAGAAGCGAGUGGGAUGGGCAUGAGAACCUGCAGCUCCUUGCUUGCCUGGGUCUUCGACUUAAGGGCCCGUUGCCUUCUUCGCAGUCACAGCGCCUGACUCGGAUUGGGAAAAUGAAACGGAGGAAGCAAGAUGAAGGGCAGAGGGAAGGCUCCUGCAUGGCUGAGGAUGAUGCCGUGGACAUCGAGCAUGAGAACAGCAACCGCUUUGAGGAGUAUGAGUGGUGCGGGCAGAAGCGGAUACGGGCCACCACUCUCCUGGAAGGUGGUUUCCGAGGCUCUGGUUUCGUCAUGUGCAGCGGCAAAGAGAAUCCGGACAGUGAUGCUGACUUGGAUGUGGAUGGGGACGACACUCUGGAGUAUGGGAAGCCACAAUACACGGAGGCUGAUGUCAUCCCCUGUACAGGAGAGGAGCCUGGUGAAGCCAAGGAGAGAGAAGCACUCCGGGGCGCAGUCCUAAAUGGUGGCCCUCCCAGCACACGCAUCACACCUGAGUUCUCUAAAUGGGCCAGUGACGAAAUGCCAUCUACCAGCAACGGGGAGAGCAGUAAGCAGGAGGCCAUGCAGAAGACCUGCAAGAAUAGUGACAUCGAGAAAAUAACAGAAGAUUCAGCUGUAACCACGUUUGAGGCCCUGAAGGCUCGGGUCAGGGAACUUGAACGGCAGCUAUCCCGUGGGGACCGUUACAAAUGCCUCAUCUGCAUGGACUCAUAUUCGAUGCCCCUAACGUCCAUCCAGUGUUGGCAUGUGCACUGCGAGGAGUGCUGGCUGCGGACCCUGGGUGCCAAGAAGCUCUGCCCUCAGUGCAACACCAUCACAGCGCCCGGAGACCUGCGGAGAAUCUACUUGUGAGCUAGCCACCCCAGACAGGCCUUGCCUCAAGCAGCCCCGCCUGCCUGCCUCUGUGACGUGACUACCCCUUGUACAUACUUUCACACAGGUUCCCCAUGUACAUACACACACACACACACACACACACACGCGCGCGCGCCUUUGGAGCCAGAGUAGAGGCUGAGGCCCAGGCCCUGCCUGCUGGCUCCAACCACGAUUGGGGACCAUACCUGUUCCAGGUUCUGUUCCCAGGGUGGGGCAGGGAGGUACAGGUAAGGGUGAGUCGCUGGGCAAGGCUCCUGAGAUCCAACCCCCAGACUGACAGACGGACAGACAGACAUGCAAACACCAGACUGAAGCACAUGUAAUAUAGACCGUGUAUGUUUACAAUGUUGUGUAUAAAUGGGACAAUUCUUCGCCCUCUACUCCUCCUCCCCUUUGGUUGUAUGAUUUUCUUUUUCUAAGAACACCUGGAAGCAGUGCCUCCUUCAGGGCUGGUUGGGGGCUCGGCCCAUCCAUCUCUUGGGGUGCCUACCUCCCUCUCUCCCUUUGAUGUCCCUUCCCUAUCCCAUGUGCUCAGUGUUCAGUGGUGUAUAUUUCUUCUCCCAGACAUGGGGCACAUGCCCCAAGGGACGUGAUCCUCUCCUUAGUCUUAGCUCCUGGGGCUCUUUAUAAGGAGUUGGGGGAGGGGGGAUGCACAGGAAAUGGGAACCGAGCUGAAGCAAGGGCCGAGAUUAGGGCUAGAUGAGGGUGCUCCUGGCUGCCCAGCCUUCUGCCAAGAACCACUUCUGGGAUUAGAGCUGCUGUUCCCAGGGAAAAGUGUUGUCUCCCCCGCCCCUCCCAUGGGCCCCAUGGUGUGAUGCUGUGUCUGUAUAUUCUAUACAAAGGUACUUGUCCUUUCCCUUUGUAAACUACAUUUGACAUGGAUUAAACCAAUAUAAACAGCU